GGGUUAUGCUCUUUGCAGACUUCAAAAACUUUUUACCGGAAGAUCAAGCGAACAACAGAAAAAAGACCCAAAGAAGGAUGAUGAAAUUUCCUCUGAAGCUAGUGGAGAAGCUGUAGUAGUUGAGCGGAAACGACUUGAAAAUAUGGAUUUGAGUAUUAAGAAUCUACUGAGCAGGACCACAAUCCAAGAACCUACUUUUGACAGGAUGAUUGUUGUUUACAGGAGGGCAAGUACAACACAAAAUACAGAACGGGGAUUAUAUGUGAAACAUUUCAAAAAUAUUCCAAUGGCUGAUAUGGAAAUAGUUCUUCCUGAAAAGAAAAAUCCAGGAUUGACUCCAAUGGACUGGGUCAAGUUCCUUGGCUCUGCUGUGGUUGGGCUGGUUGCUGUGUUUAGUUCAGUUGAAAGGCCUACGGCUGAUCUCUGGGUCCUUUUUGCCAUUGUAUCAACAGUGGUUGGUUACAUUGCUAAGACAUACUUCACGUACGUGUUUUCUUAUCAAUCUGAUCUUGUAAAUUUGUUCGUCAUUGGUAAUGUGUUGUUAUUCACUUUCGUUAUGUAAAAGCCGUGAUUUCAUCACAAUGUCUGAUGCACACCAUUUGAUUUGUCCAUGUGGAAACAUUCAAACAUGACUUGGUAACUUGAUUUUCCUUCUUAAUACUCUUCCUGUGUUAAUCCUAAUCUUGGGUACAACUCUCAGGUAAAGGUCUAAUUCCAAACCAAGGGCUUUGCUUUAAUAUUAUCAAGUUAGACAGCCACAUGAGAUAGGCAGGCUGCAUGAUGAUAAUCUGGUGGUUCUGUUUCUUUAGGUUGUUUCAGAUUUUUAAACUGUCAAUUUGGAUUUGAAUUUCCCUUCAGGUUUCAGCAAAACUUGGCUGUCUAUCAGAAUUUAAUUACACAGUCCAUGUAUGACAAACAACUGGAUAGUGGAAAGGGCACUCUUCUUCACCUGUGUGAUGAUGUCAUUCAACAGGAAGUGAAGGAGGUAAUUAUUGCGUUCUAUAUACUGAUGGAGCAAGGUAAAGCUACUAGUGAGGAUUUGGACAUGCGGUGUGAGGAACUAAUCAAAGAACAGUUUGAUGAGAGCUGUAACUUUGAUGUGGAAGAUGCAGUUCAAAAGCUUGAGAAGUUAAAAAUUGUUAGUCGGGAUAGUAUUGGACGAUAUUACGGCGUGGGACUGAAACGUGCCAAUGAGACCAUUGGGGUAACCACAGAGGAGCUUGUCCUCAAGGCAAAACAGGGUGUUGCUACUCCUUGAGUAUGGGUGACGAUUUCGUUGCGGCCUGGUGUGAGAUGGAGGCGUCGGUGUAUUUGUUAAUUUUAUGCUGAGUGUUUUCACCUUUGACUGUGUUAACCUAUGUAUUUUGGAUUCACACAUCUUUUAAAUUUCUUCGGUUUACCUAUUAUUAAUAAAAUAUCUUGUUCUUCUUUUUUUUUUUUUUGGCAAAAAUGAUGUCUUGCUUCUGUUCUGUACUGAAAAACCUAAAGGCAAAAGGUUCUUCCCAUGGAAAGCAGUAGAAAAUUGAGGUGUCACCCUCGCCUAUCAAUCAAACAAUGUUCAUGGCAAUAAAAAUACAAAAUGUUCAUUGUGAUUUAGGGUAGAUAAAAUUUUGCAUUUUAC